AUGGCACAGAUGAAAAUGCGAGUACUGCAAGAACAAUUGCAAGAGUUGGGGAAAAAGGGAUUUAUUCGUCCGAGUACUUCAUCUUUGGGAGCUCUGAUAUUAUUUGUAAAGAAGAAGGACGGAAGUUUGAGGUUAUGUGUGGAUUAUCGGAAGUUGACACGAAAAAGAGCCAAGUUUGAAUUGACUGAUCAAUGUGAAGAUAAUUUCUUAAGAUUAAAGGAGUGUUUGAUUUCGACACCAGUCUUAAGUUUACCAAGUGGCCUAGGAGGUUAUGUUGUGUAUUGUGAUGCAUCAAGAGUUGGAUUGGGAUGCGGGUUGAUGCAAAAUGGAAGAGUUAUUGCGUACGCCUCAAGGCAACUCAAAAGGCAUGAGCAAACUAUCUUACCCAUGACUUGGAAAUGGCAACGCCAAUGGAUGGAAUUGCUCAAAGAUUAUGAUUAUACCACUCAAUAUCACCUUGGUAAGGCAAUCAUGGUAGCUGAUGCUUUAAGUCGGAAGUCUAUAGGGAGUUUGGCACAUUUGUUUGCUGAACGAAGAAGUAUACUGCGUGGAUGGAAAAGCAUAGGCAAUAUGGGGGGAUUUAAGGAACGAGAUCAGAAAUAUAUGUAUGGAGAUGAUGGAUUGUUGAAGUAUGAAUCCCGAACAUAUGUGCCGGAUCGAGACAAUUUGAGAGAAGAUAUUUUAGAGGAAGCUCACAUUACUGCCUACACUGUGCAUCUAGGAGCCACCAAGAUGUAUCAUGAUUUGAAAAUGGUUUAUUGGUGGCCUAGCAUGAAGAAAGAUAUAGUUGAAUAUGUAGCCAAGUGCCUAACUUGUCAACAAGUCAAGGUUGAACAUGGAAAACCCCCAGUAAAGACUAGCUAUGGGUUAGCUAAAUAUGCCAAGGUUUACAUUGACUGUAUCAUGCGAUUGCAUGGAGUUCCCAUGACUAUAGUAUCUGAUCGAAGGCCUCAAUUUACUAAUAAGUUUUGGAGAAGUUUACAUGAAGCUUUAAGUACUCGUUUGGACUUUAGUAUUACGUAUCAUCCCCAAACGGAUGGAUAG